AUGGCAUGGAUGUCACCAGCUGAAGGAGGGCAUAUCAUUCGACGAAAAGUGACUCGACAAGAAACGGGCCUCGAUGAAGUCUGUCUCUUCUCGUCGCCUGAAUCGUCUGAACCAAAAUCCCCUCCAUCUGAGCCUGUUUCAUUGAUCUCACCAACCAGCGCACUCCAGCAUGCUUUAGAUGAUCUGACAAGUGAACAACGAGAGAGAAUCGAACAGGUUCUUCAACGAGCCGAAGCCUCCCGAAAAGAGGCCAGAGUCGCCGUUGACACUCGACGAUUGGCAAGGAAAGGAAUCACACACAAAAUUCUACGCGAGAAAGCCUCUUUUGAUCAAGAACAAGCUGGAGAGGCUGCGUUGGAAGUUUCGAUGAGCGAGACGGCCAGUCCGUCACACCGAAUAUCGCCGAGGAGAAUGCUAUCGGAAAGAGCGGAUUCGAUUGUGGCGAUUGGGGAGAAUUUGGAAAGAGAAGCCUCGGCGACAGCCACGAAAAUCGUUUCCCGUGUCCGCGUGCUCACCGCUCAACUAACGCAUUGGUUCUCGCAAAUCGAUGAAGAUGGCGACUUGUUGGCUUUCAUGAAUUUGGGGCAGAGCAAAUCCCCGAUGGUGCUUGAGGCGGAGGCCGACUCGUGGGCCGAUGAUCUCGCUUGUUCAAUUGUUGCCGCCGCUUUGUCCAAGUAUUAUCAGAGUCUACUCCUUCCAAGCACUUUCGAAGAGUUUUGUCGACGCUUGGUCGAGGACAUCUUUGAGUUGGUUUACAGCCAGAUUGUGGUGACUGAGCUGGAGGAUGAGGAGAUAAAAAGGUUGGACGAGAUCUGCGAGCGCUUGGUCACCGAGGUGCUUGACGCGGCCAUUGCAAGCGAUAUGAUAAAACACUCGGAGACCGACGAAGAGCUGGCUCUCUUCUACGAACUCCGAAAAGUGCACGUCUCUCGGUCAUUCGAGUGCGCCGAAGAGCUAGAGAAAAUGCUGGAAAUGUGUGAGAGAAUUGAGCCAGAAGCGGAAAAUGGGAAACACGUUUGGGAUGGAUUAGAGAUUGUUGAUGCAGAUUACAGUCAUUUUCCAGCCUCCACCGCUUCCACAUCGAGCGCCAUCCCAUUCGCCUAUUCUGUGAUGGAAGAAGAAGUGGAUGAUGUGCCCGAUGGUUGUUCUGUCAUCCUCUCCGCGUCGAAUAGUUCCCUAUCAAGCGGCUCUCGACCAGUUUCCGUCAUUAAUCGUUACGAAUGGAUGGAAUGGAUGAAAAGAGAAAAAGAAGAGCCAAAGACACCGACAAUUCACUCAAUUGAUCACCAUUCUUCACCAUCUACUUCAGAAUUUGCCUUGAAAAUGAUGAAGUUAGAAGAGGAGCUGUAUCAGGAUAUAAUGAUCACAAGAAUUGAACGAAGUUUAUCGCCACCGAAGAGAUUCCAGAGUGAAUUCUUUGUAGACAUUAUUGAGAGAGAGCUUGAAAGAGAGCUGGAGUACGAUGAAGAGGAAUUGAUCUCGUAUGAAGCGACGGAUUACAUUGUCCCAAUGAUUGCCUAUUCAAAAACGUUAGAGGAGUUGCUUGAGCGAGCGAAAAUGAUCGAUUUAAAUCGGCAUCAACCACCGCCACGACCGAAACCCCCGAGUUGGACACAGACAAAACUAAGAGAAGUGGAGGAAAAGAGGAAAGAAGAGUACAAUGCUUUGAGGAAAGUUUCUGAAGUCGAAGAAGAAGCCUCAGAAGAAGAGUCUUCUUCUGAAACUGAUUUUGGGGAGAUUUUGGAAAGAGAUAUUUUCUAUGAACGACUUGAAGAGGAAAAGGAUUUUAUAAAACCGUCUUCUAGCUCUGAGGAAGAACUGGAGAAUGAACAAGUUUAUGAGAGACUUGAUGAGAUGUCAGCGUUGAAUAGUCAAAGAUUUGUUCCAUCACUGAUGAGUGGAGUUGAUUCGGAGAAAUCUAGUCUAUUUGAGGAGAAUCUUGCUGAAGUUGAUGUUUCAUCGAGUACUGUGCAAUCUACUGCACAAUCUAUGGAAAUAAAACUUGUUCAAGCUGAGGUUUCAGCUCAAAUACCGGAAUUGUUAGAGGAAUUAAAAGUUUACACAAGAAUCUGGAUGGCUACGGCUUUUGGUGAAGAGGUGUGCUUUAAAUCGAGCACUUCUCAGCCAAUCUUGCUCAUCGCUUCAACUUCUGACGAUGAUAAUGAUCAAUUGUUGAAACAAGAAUCUCUAGAAUUAUUUCCAAAAUCUGUUGAUGAUGUUAUUCGGCAAGAAACAACAUUUCUAGAAGUUGAGAAGUCUGAAGAAGUAAGCCUAGUCAAGCCUGAAAUCCCCAACAUUAUACCAGCUUUAAUGCUGAACGCUGAACGUGCUGAACGUGAAAUCACAUCAAGCAUUGUGACUACUACCUGUUUUGGUGAGAAUUUGAGCUUUCAACUAAAUUCUUUACCGAUUUUGAGUAGAGAAGACUCGAAAACUUUCACAGCCUCUUCUUCAACAUCUGGUGCUGAUCGAGAACGAUCAUUUGAACAGGGAUCUUUUGAAAUUCUAGUUUCACCAGUUGAAGACAUCAAUUUUGUUGAUGCAAUGACUUUAGAGCUGCAAAAGUCGGAGAAAGUGGAAUUGAUUAAAGCUGAAACCCCAAGCUUAAUCUCACCCACGAUGGCUCAAGAACUUGAAAUGACAACGAGAAUUGUAACCGCUACUUAUUUUGGUGAAGAGGUAAGAGAAGAGCCAAGUACUUCAGUUUUGAUCAGAGAAGAUUCUGAAACUUUCACAGCUUCUUCAUCAACAUCGGGAGCUGAUCAAGAGCAAUCAUUUGAAAAAGAAUCGUUUGAGCAAGUACAAGAACGAAUUGAUGCUAACACUUUUGUCAAUACUAUGACUACAAUAAUUCAAAAGUCUGAUCAGAUUCAGUUGGCAAUGGCUGAAGUUCCAAGUUUGAUCCCUCCUUUAAUAGUUGAUGAUGUUAAAGCAGUGUCAAGAAUUCAAACAGUCACCUAUUUUGGAGAAGAUGUGACUCUUGGAAAGCCAAGUACUUCACAACCAGUCUUGGUCAAAGAAGAAUCGGAAAUUUCUAUUGCUUCUUCAGCAACAUCCGGCGCUGAUCAAUCGUUUGAACAAGAGUCAUUCGAUCUACAAGAAUCACUUGAAGAUAGUACUUUUGUUAAUGUAAUUACUCUAGAACUGCAAAAGUCUGAGGAAGUGGAAUUGAUUAAAGCUGAAAUCCCAAGCUUAAUCUCACCCACUAUGGCUCAAGAACUUGAAAUGAAAACGAGAAUUGUAACCGCUACUUAUUUUGGUGAAGAGGUGAGAGAAGAGCCAAGUACUUCGGUUUUGUUCAGAGAAGAUUCAGAAACUUUCACAGCUUCUUCAUCAACAUCAGGAGCUGAUCAAGAUCAAUCAUUUGAACAAGAAUCAUUUGAGCUAGAGAAUCCUCAAGAACAAGUGAAAGAUAUUGUUUUAAGAGAUAGAAUUAAUACUGAUCUUUUGGCUUCUCAUCGCCUGCUGACACCUGAGAUUCCUGGAGUCAUUCCUCCAGAGUUGAUAGAGGAACAAGAAAUUUCAUCAAGAAUAGAGACGGUGACUUAUUUUGGAGAAGAAGUGGCCCUUGAAAGCUCUCAAACUUCUCAAAAACUCUUGAGAAAAGAAUCUUUUGCCUCUUCAUCGACCAGUGGAGCUGAUGAUGAGAGAUCUUUUGAUCAAGAGCAAGAAAUUCAAGCACAAGAACAAGUUGAAGAUGAGAUUUUGAGAGACCGACCAAAUAUCAAAAUGAUCAGAUUCACUGAGGUUUUGCUUACAAAAGCUGAGAGAGUGGAACCGAUUUCUCCGGAUAUCAGCAGUGAAGUAGAAAUUGCAUCAAGAAUUGAAUCUGUUACCUAUUUCAGUGAAGAUUUAGGACAAAGUGCUCAAGCUUCACAAGAACUUUUGAGAAAAGAAUCUUUUGCUUCUUCGUCGACAAGUGGAGCUGAUGAUGAGAGAUCUUUUGAAAGGGAAUCGUUUGAGCUAGAGAAUCCUCAUGAACAAGUGAAAGAUAUUGUUUUAAGAGAUAGAAUUAAUACUGAUCUUUUGGCUUCUCAUCGCCUGCUGACAUCUGAGAUUCCUGGAGUCAUUCCUCCAGAGUUGAUAGAGGAACAAGAAAUUUCAUCAAGGAUAGAGACGGUGACUUAUUUUGGAGAAGAAGUGACCCUUGAAAGCUGUCAAACUUCACAAGAACUUUUGAGAAAAGAAUCUUUUGCUUCUUCGUCAACAUCGGGAGCUGAUCAAGAUCAAUCAUUUGAAAAAGAAUUGUUUGAGCAAGUACAAGAACCAAUUGAUGAUAACACUUUUGUCAAUACUAUGACUACAAUAGUUCAAAAGUCUGAUCAGAUUCAGUUGGCAAUGGCUGAAGUUCCAAGUUUGAUCCCUCCUUUAAUAAUUGAUGAUUUUAAAGCAGUGUCAAGAAUUCAAACAGUCACCUAUUUUGGAGAAGAUGUGACUCUUGGAAAGCCAAGUACUUCACAACGGGCUUCUUCGCACGGUGCGAACGUAAAAGGCAUUCGACUCAAGAACACUGAG